CUAGAGUGUUGGACGCCGACGAGAAGGAAUUGGAAUUCCAUAAUAGAAUCGCGGCGUCAUGGACCGGUUCCACGUCGUCAAGGAACUGGCGCCGGCGCUCUUCGGGUCCAUCGUGCUCUGCGUGGACAAGAACAAUGGCAACCACGUCGCGAUCAAGCGGAUGCAACUGGCCGCUGCUGCCAAACGUCAGGCGAAUGGUGGUCCAACGGUUCAAGAGGACCUUCACGUUGAGAAACGAGUCUAUCGACACGUGAACAAAAUGGGCGGACAUCGAAACAUCCUUCGGUUGCUCUCGUCAUUCGAAGAAGCGGGGCAUGAACACUUUGUCUUGGAGUACUGUCAUCAAGGCGACCUGUUUACCAUUCUGCAGAGCUCUCCCCACCAACGACUUCAAGCAUCUCAAGCGCUUCACUAUAUGCGUCAAAUAUGCCACGGCCUGGCCUUCCUCCACUCCCAUGAGAUUGCUCACGGCGACAUUUCGUUGGAGAACGUCCUCGUGGAUGCAAAUGACGUUGCCAAGCUGAUGGACUUUGGUCUUGCCGUUGAAUCCUUUCACGUCACCCAACCGUCGUCGGCAGUGGGGAAAUUCUUUUACAUGCCGCCCGAGAUGUACCUGGGAUCGCCAUACGAUGCCUCAAAGGCAGACAUGUGGUCUCUUGGGAUUUUACUCCUUAUCCUGCACACAGGAAUGCCGCCAUUUGCGCGCGCCCACAGUUCCGGUACCGACCCUUCAACAUCUUGUCCUUCUCUCGAUCGAAUCAUUUCUCGUCUUAGACAACGUGUAUGCGUCGUAUUUGAAGUACGACAUUCGCACACUCCUGAAAGGUUGGAACGUUUUGCCGCACUUGCCGGUGGACGCAUUGGACUUGGUCGAACGCCUCGUUGUCGCCACCCCCGACAAACGGUUGUCCAUCUCCGACGUACGCACUCACAAAUGUUGCAGGUCCUCUUGUGUCUUCACAGUCGUGCGUAGGUGCUCCGACACCCGUACCUUACCCAACACGAAGCAUUGCAGCGUCACCACCAUCCGUUGUCAAGUCUGCUCGCUUCCAAGAACCAACUCCAACACCACGAGCCGUCCCCGUCGUAUUCAGCAUCAAAGGACGAGAAGAAGAAGGGCGGUGUGCACAGGUUCUUCCAGAAGGUGUUCCGGAAGGCGUCGUCGACGAACCAGUCGCGGCUCGUCCGCUCGACGGAGUCGUCCGUGAGCACACUGGAUAAUGAUACGCCUACAAAUAAUCAAGAUACCUGAUUGGCUCUUUC